CGGCCAAAGAUGGCGAUGCUGGCAGAACCGCGUCGCAAACAGAAAUGGUCUGUGGAUCCCCGAAAUAGUUCAUGGAGUAAAGAUGAAUCAAAAUUUGGCCAGAAGAUGUUGGAAAAGAUGGGCUGGUCGAAAGGCAAGGGGCUUGGGGCUCAAGAGCAAGGGAACACGGAACACAUCAGAGUCCGGGUGAAGAACAACAAUCUUGGCUUAGGAGCAUCUGUCAACCAUGAGGACAACUGGAUUGCCCAUCAGGAUGACUUCAAUCAGCUUCUGACAGACCUGAACAACUGCCAUGGACAAAACGAUGCAGAGUCUGCAUCUGGGGAGCAGAAGAAAACAUUUAAUCUUGAGGAGAAAUCCAAGAUCUCUCGGAAACGGGUUCAUUAUGUGAAAUUUGCCAAAGGAAAAGAUCUCUCUUCCCGAAGUGAAGAUGACUUGUCCUGCAUUUUUGGGAAACGUCAGAAGAGCAAGAAAACUCUGGCUGAUGCUGCUGAUGCCGACUCUCUAGAGGAGGACCCAAAGGAGGGAAAUUACUCACCUGAGCAUGUCGACACGGACAAUACUGUGACUAGUGCUCUUACCGUGCAAGAAUAUUUUGCUAAGCGCAUGGCGAAACUGAAGAAAGCCCAGGAUGGGGGGGACAUCAUGUCACCUGAUCCACCUCCAGUGGUGGGAGAGCAGCAGGAGCAUUUGGGAGCCCAAUCAAAGAAGAAGAGAAAGACCCACAAGCACGCCAGGCCUGAGAAUGAGGACAGCCAUGAUGAACCAAAGGUGAAAUGUCCCAGGAUGCUUGAUUCAAGUGGUGAAGAAGUGGGCGAGCGGGACUCAGGGAAGCCAAAGAAGAAGAAGAAAUCUAAGCGCUUGGGCCUGGGGGGCAGUCUUACCCCCAGUGAAUCCCAGCAUGGCACCCAAGAGAGAGGAUCAUGUUUCACUGGAACAUCUAGUGUGGAAAACAGUGACUCUGAAGUACCAAAACCAAAGAAGAAGAACAAGAAGAAGCACACAAAGCUCAGUAGAGAUACAGCUGAAGAUGUCGGAGAAGGCAGCCAGAAAAAGAAAAAGAAGAAACACUCCAGUUGACACAACUCUUGAGACCUUUGACACUAGGUUAUCUUUUGAUGUUAGAUUAUCUUUU